AUGUUCUAAGACAAUUUGAUCAACUCUAGCCAAUACUUGUAAAUUGCAUAGACUGGCUCGCAAUAGCAACAAUAAUAACAGCAAUAGCAACUACAAUCACAGCCUAAUCGUCAAAUCACUAACUCUGAUGCUAUGAUUAAAGAAUAUUGCAAGAAAGAGAUGCUAGAAAUUCAGCGCUCGUUUGAAUCGCAUCCAAAGAGUCUCUAAACUUGCCCAUCUCCUUAAUCUAACUAGCAGACUGUUACUCCUACCAACAAUAGCUUUUCUACCUAGCAAAUUAUUUCUUAAAUAGAUAAUACUCAGUAGUCAAACCUAUAGACUGGAGUAAUCAGCGACUUCAAUUUUGCUGUAAAUAUUGAUCAGCUUAUGAAAUUUAAUGAUGAAGAAGACAACAAUCCAAAACAAAAUGCUUCUGGGAAUGCCUCCACAUAAAACUCAAACAAUGGAAACCAAGGAAGAUGGACGAAGGAAGAGCACUUGCGCUUUGUAGAAGGACUUUCUCUAUAUGGAAAAAAUUGGAAGAAAGUAGAAGAGCAUGUAGGAUCAAGAACUGGAGCUUAGAUUCGUUCACAUGCUUAAAAAUUCUUCAAUAAAUUAGAAAGAGACUAUAGCAAAAAGCACGGAUUAUUAAUAAGCUUAAAUACAAGCAGCUCAACUAAAUAAAGCAACCAAAUAAAUAAUGAAAAUGUAAAUACUUUAUCUUAAAUAUAAAUGCAAGGAACUUCCAAAAAAUCUUAAUCUUACUUAUUGGGACAAUCACAACACAGCAAUAACUCUAAUUAAACCAAGAUACUUGGAGAAAAGAAUCAAAAUAAUGCCAAGAACAUCCUCAAUAACAUCUAAUAAUAGCAGCAGCAAUAAUAAUAAUAAAUUGACUAAAACUUCCUUAUAGGGUAAGUGAUAGAAGCCUCUUUGCAAGCAGCCUAGUAAUCCUUGGGUAUUCCUACUUAGAAUUCUGUUAUUAAUUCUGCACCAAGUAUAAAUUAAAGCCACCCUUGCUUAAACCAAACUAUAUAAUAAAACCCUGUUCAUAUUCUUACUAAACCUACCUAAAGUGAUCCUUUUUUGUCUGCUCAAUUUAAUCUUAAUCUUCAAUAAUAAUAAUCUGAUAUAAACCAAACAAACUUUGACAUUCCAUCCUUCGUUCCCUCUAUUUCCUUAAGAAACAGAUCUGACUCAGUUGCGAGCAACUUUACUAUGAUGUCAGACGACGAUCAAAAAAUUACAGAUGAAGACCUUAAAAAAAUUAAGGAGUCUCUACCUCAAAUUGUCAACUCACAAAGUUUAAACGAAUGCAUAAAUCAGUAUAGUUAAUUGACUCUAAACCUUCAAAAGCAAUUGCUCUAAUCAAAUAAUGUCUAAAACAAUAUUCAGCUGCAAUAAUAGAUAAAUACUUUGUAGAGUGCAGUUCAAUUUUUAAAUGCAUAUUCAAGUAUUAACAAAUAGGCUGAAAUAUAAUAAUCACAAACAAAUGAAACUAUUAACAAUGAAAAUAUACCUAUACUGAUAGUUUAAAAUUCUUAAUCAGAAUUUAGUAACUCAAAUAGAAUACUCUAAAGCAAGUAAAAAGGAGAAGAAAAUCAAAGCAACAAAGAAAACAAUUCGAGCUUGGAGAUUGUCAAUAACAGCAAAAAAAACAUUAUAUGUGACAAUAAUAAAAAAAUUCCUACUAAAUAAAUAUUUAAUUAAAAUAACAAUCUCUAAAACUGUAUUGUUUAAGACUCUGACCGUCCAACCGAUUAUGAAAGUUUCUUCAACUUUGUUCUGAAAAAGUAUGGUAAAAUAUUUGAUCAACCAUAAAAGUCUUUAAACUCUAACAACAACAUUUGGUCUCCCCGCUUAAAUUAAUUUGUAAAACUCGAUGACGAUCAAAACCUAUCCUUUUAAAACCAAACUAAUAUUUUCUCAUAAAUUUAAUCUUCUCCUUGCAAUAAUAACCUCUUUGGGUAAAAUAUACUAGGUUCAACAAUCAACUCCAAUUAAUAAAAUUAGUGCGGCUAAAAUUAAACACUUCCUAAUAUUUUGUUAAGAUAACGCAAAAGCUCAUUUACACUCUGUGAUAAUGAAGAUGAAUAAAAAGAAGAGAAGCUUAAUAUUUUAAGAAAAAAAAUAUGCAAAAAAGCAAAGCUUAAUAAUUGA